AUGUCCACAUUAGCCGAAAGAAGAAAACAAUCUCCACGUGAAAAGAAGACUGUUGAAAGGUUUUCAGAAAGUACAACUCAAUCUAUUAUUUUUAAUGGAGAAGGAAAGGCUCUAGGUGAUAUUCCAGAAAUUGUUAAUGUUAUGAAAGGAGUUAAAAAAACAAGUAACACCGCUAUCUUACUUCAUAAAGUUUUAUUUGGUACUUCUGGAUAUGCAGAUGUUCGAAAAAAAGAAAUUAUGUCUUUCAAUGGAAUUAAAGGAAAUAGUAUUUAUGAGACAGAAUAUUUAAUUGAAAAGAAAAGACAAUAUUUAGAAAAACAAACAUUUGUUAAUCUUAUUGAAAUUUGUAGACUCUUUUGUUUAGCUGCUGCUUCUAAAGAAAAAACAAAAGAAAAGUAUGUAGAUGAAAUUAUCAAAUUUAUGAAAAAACCAGGUGAUGUUAAAAUUGUUAUUACUGAAAAAAAUAAAGUUGCAGUUGUUAAUGAACCAGAAGAAGAUGAAGAAAAAGAAGAAGAGAAAAAGCCAAAGAAGCCAAUUAAAAAGGAAGAAAAAGAAAAGAAAACAUCAAAGAAGGAAGCUAAAAAAGAAACAAAGAAAAGUUCUAAAAAAGAAGAUGAAAAAAAGAAGACUUCUAAAAAAGAAGAAAAAAAACCAAAAGUACCAAAGGUAGAAAAGAAAACAACUUCAACAAAGAAAGAAGUUAAGACUAAAGGAAAAAAGAAGUAA